UUAAUACAAGUACCUCGAGUAAAGAAUUAGGUUUAGUACAGCAGCACUUUUUCGUACUUCGCGUGGAUUUUAAUAAUAGGGUUUUUCAUGCAAGUACCUCGAGUACUUGUAAUUGUAGUAUGUUGGCACUUAUUCAAUAUAUCACGUGAUUUUUAAUAAAAGGCUUGUAAAUAGACCCAAACUACUGAUAGUUUUAGUAAAGCUACGCGUGUAUUCCUUUGUGCAUAUUUUAUACUUGACGAAAGUUGUCAUACUUGUUUCUUGAAAAAUAGUAAUCGAGUAGGCAUUCAAUUAAAAUAAUAAUAGUGUUUUGCAUGUUUUUUAAGUGGAUUUGCAAAAAUAAGUGGCGUGGGCCACUGAACUACUUAGUGUUUCAGUGUCAAACCACCACUGUGUGUUUUUAUUUCAAAUUUAUACACCCAAACAAUGAGUAGACAACCCCCCGUACCGAUUUCUGGCAACUACCCCACUCUUAAUUACAAAUUAAUUUAUUCUCGUUAUAUUUCUUCGUUCAUAACAUUUUAUUUUCUAUGCCUUGUAUUUUAGGUCUCUAUUUGUUCAAAUGUUCUUCAUUGCUUCACGCCGUUAUCGACAGUCAAUGCCAUGUUUGAUCUUUAUUGUUUUCAUCUUUGCUUUUUUCCAUUUCUGGUCUCUCAAUUCUUGGAAUUCUGACAUUCAUCUUUAUAAUUUGAUGGAAGAGUUUUAUGGGGAGCACUCAGCCGCGGAAUCAUCGUUUCCCGAUUCAUUCUGUACUCUCGAAUUCGCAAACGCCAACCGUUUACAACAAGAUCACCCAUGUGUCGUCGAACUCAUCAGAAAUUUUUUUUUGCAUCAGCCAGCCCCACUGGAGUAUUCACUUAAUCUUUCUUUUCCUGCUGUAUUAGAUUCAUCUUCUGGUCAAUCCAAAGUAAUCCUAACUCUCCUGAACAAUCAAUCAGGAGCUUUUUUCGUUGAGUGUGGUGCAUUAGAUGGUGAAUAUGGCUCUAAUACGCUUUACAUGGAACGGUACCUUCAGUGGAAAGGAAUACUGAUCGAAGCAAACAGAGAAUUAUUUAAAGAAAUCUUAGCAAAACGACGUCAUGCUUGGUCUCUUCCAGUUUGCCUGAGUACUGAACCAUACCCUACUAAAGUGCAAUUUGAUGCAAAUGACGAAGCAGGAAAAAUUUAUGAACCAGGAAAAGAUGAAACAUCAGUUCAACAAGAGAACGUAUCAAAUUGGCUCAUUGAAGUACAAUGCUUUCCACUCUACUCAAUUUUGUUAGCUGUGGGCCAGACUCGCGUGGAAUACUUUAGUCUCGACGUAGAGGGUAGUGAAAUCAAAAUCCUCGUCAACAUACCCUGGAAUCAUGUUGAAAUAAAGACGCUGACAGUGGAGAUCACGACACGAAACCAACGAGACUUACACGAUCUUACAAGAUAUAUGGAAAAACAAGGAUAUGAAAAUGUUGAAUUGAUGGACGGACCUGGAUAUUACGACAUAGUUUUCAUCAAACGUUGAUUGCUCGUAGAGGGCAAGUGGCUGUUUAAGAUUGUCAAUUUCUGAGCAUUCUUCUCGAGUCUUAGCUAUCACAAAUUCUUUAUACAAUUCAAAUCACAUAUUUUUAGGGAAUACAUGAGGGACUCAACAUACUUAAGAUAUUUUUCGAUUUAGGUGAAUAAAACACUUUGUCAGGUAGUGUUGGGUCUCAACUAAAACUCAAUUUUUUUGAAAUAUUGGAUUAAUAUAUAGGAUCCACCUACAUGGUAUAAGAAGAGUAGGAGAGAGUUGUACUAGUUGGCUCACUUUUUUGUUUUUGUUAUUCUGCUUAUAUCUACAAUUUUGAGUAUUUUAGGCCUUACGGUGUCUCGCGCGGGAAUCUUUUUAGUAGACUAUUGCGACCUAUUUUUAGGAUGAUCCAAUAUUUAAAAACUAAACAUAAAAAUACAGAACCGUUUCACUUUUUUUAAGAAAAAAUCGUGGAUAAAGAAUAUUCCUUUGUCUUUCCGAGAAAAACAAAAUGAAACUCGUAGGUCCAAUCUAAGUCUACUAAAAAAAAUUCCGCCGCGAGAACCAUAGGGCCUAUCUCCCGCGGGUUAAAACACCACUUUUUCACGGGGGUGAUCCAAUACCUGUGGUGGGUACAGUAUUUCAAGUAAUUAUUAUCGUGACUAAAUUAUAUCCUAUUACUGUAAUAAAAUUAAUCCGAAAAUCGAAAUAAAAAUAAACUAAAUACUAAAAA